ACUCUCAAUAUGUGUAGCCAUGCCACCAACCGAAUUACGGUUCACAAAAUCUACCUCUCGUCUCACCCAACAACAAUGUGCAUCUUGAUGGAAUGGUGAUCAACUUGCCUAGCCUACUGGGCGCCGGAGGUACUGCCACCAACCCUUGCGGGAAUGGGUACUUACAGGGCCCAGCCGCUGCACCAUUGGAGGCUGCAUCUGCCUGUCCCGGCGUUUACGGCGAAGGACCUUUUCCAGGCUAUGCUGGAAACUUAUUGGUGGACCCCAAAACUGGCACAUGCGACGUCCUCUUGGCCUCAAAGAUGAAAUUAAGGUAAACCAGUGCAACUCGGGGUUAAAUUAUGGAUAAUGACGGGGGUUGGGCUAUUAACUUUGUGAAUGACGAUUGUAGUUUCAGGAAUUGUUGAGAGCGUUAGAAAUGGGAAAAAUAUUUAGGAAGGCGACAUGAACAUGUUUGCAAUGUGGCAUGUGCCACAAUAUUGUUCGUUUGGGUUAGCUGAAGUUUUUAGGGUAAUAUGGCAAAUGGAGCUCUUUUAUAUUGAGCUCUAAAGAAGCAUGUGAAGUAAUAUUGUUCUGUUUGGACUAGGAAAUGGUUGUGGCUACUUUGUUAUCUAGAGUUGUAAUGAGUAUUGUGACUGAUCUAAUCACGAAAGGGGGAGAAGGAAGUUGAGAUUCAAAUAACAUAAACAAAGGUAUUUUGAUUAUUACCAUUGGAUUCUUGCUAUAAUUAAUUAACUUCUUCAAUUUAU